AUGAGAAAUAUGCAAAAUCUUGUUCAAAAACUUAAAAAAUCCAACUAUCUCGUUACUACCAUCGAAUCUUGCACCGGAGGACUUGUUGCAAAUCUUAUUACAGACAUUUCAGGAUCAAGCAAAGUAUUUUGGGGAGGCCGAGUAGUAUAUGAUAAUGAAGCUAAAGUAGCACUAGGAGUUUCAUCAUCUAUACUUGAAUCUUAUGGAGCGGCAUCACAAGAAACAGCGUUUUCUUUGGCAGAAAAUGGGCUUAUUGAAUUGCAAAAAUCCUCAAAAGCACCUUCCAAACGUACGAUUUGUAUUGCCACCACAGGGCUUGCAGAAAGAGACGAAGAAAAUAGAAAUUUUGGAGGGGUUUGUUGGAUCGGAAUAGCAUCAAACUGUAGUCCAACAUUCGUUGAACGAGUAGAUGCACCUCCUCAAAUUUCAAGAAAAGAGACAAAAUUAUUAUUUGCUAGACGAGCACUUGAACU